GUGUUGGAUAUCUAAUGAGACACGCGUUUUCCAACAGAUCCAUAUAAGCGCCGUUAUUCUUUGUCAGCAUACUCUUAUACUUUGUCACUCUUAGGAAUGAUUUUGAUUAAAGACGAAACUCGCAGACAGCAACGGGUUUCUCGUUUGUUAAAUAAAAGAAUAGAGAAAAGGCGAUGUGUAUUCUCGCCCAGUAAUUGAUUGAGAAAGGGACCUGUAUUGCAGAGUUGCAACAUUCUGUUUUCCAUAGUUCAUAUUUAGAUACAUCAUAUUUGAACUGAAACCAAACCCAUGGCAGUUUAUGCUCUCACUGGGUUUUCAUUAGUCAGUUUACUAAGUUUUGGCUACUUCUCCUGGGACUGGAUGAAGCCCAAUCAGGUGGAGAAUGAGCCUAUUUCGGAUUUCACUCACAAGGGCUCUACGUUGAAAUCCAGACAGCCGCCCCACAUAAUCUUCAUACUCACGGACGACCAGGGAUUCCACGAUAUUGGCUACCACGACUCCGACAUUCGGACGCCGACCCUGGAUAAGCUGGCAGCGGAAGGAGUGAAGCUGGAGAAUUACUACAUCCAGCCGAUAUGCACGCCGUCCCGCAGUCAGCUGAUCACGGGAAGGUACCAGAUCCACACCGGCUUGCAGCACUCCAUCAUCCGCCCUCGCCAGCCCAACUGCUUGCCGCUGGACCAUGUGACUCUGCCCCAGAAGCUGCAGGAGGCAGGGUAUGCCACUCACAUGGUGGGCAAGUGGCACCUGGGCUUCUACAAGAAAGAGUGCCUGCCAACACGCCGAGGUUUCCACACCUACUUUGGCUCGCUGACGGGCAGCGUGGAUUACUACACGUACGAGUCCUGCGAUGGACCUGGCAUGUGCGGCUUUGAUUUGCAUGAGGGGGAGACCGUAGCCUGGGGCCAGGGGGGUAAGUACUCCACCCACCUCUACACUCAGAGGGUGCGCAAGAUCCUGGCCAGCCAUGACCCCCAGCAGCCCAUCUUCAUCUUCCUGUCCUUUCAGGCUGUGCACACACCCCUGCAGUCCCCCAAGGACUACAUCUACCAGUAUCGGGGAAUGAGUAAUGUAGCCCGCAGGAAAUAUGCAGCCAUGGUAUCUGUAGUAGAUGAGGCUGUGCGAAAUGUGACCUAUGCCCUCCGCAAGUACGGCUACUACCAGAACAGCGUCCUCAUCUUCUCCACCGACAAUGGUGGACAGCCAUUCUUCGGAGGGAGUAAUUGGCCGCUGCGUGGCCGCAAGGGCACCUACUGGGAGGGUGGCAUUCGAGGGCUGGGGUUCGUCCACAGUCCGUUGCUGCGCCGACGGCGUCGCGUGAGCAAGGCCUUGGUGCACAUCACCGACUGGUAUCCCACGUUAGUGGCUCUGGCAGGAGGCAACAUCUCGACGAGCAAGAGACUCGAUGGCUACAAUGUAUGGCCGGCGAUCAGCGAGGGGAAGCAAUCUCCUCGUCUUGAGAUUCUGCAUAACAUCGAUCCCCUCUACAAUCAUGCCAAGCAUGGCUCUUGGCAGGAAGGACACCGCAUCUGGAACACGGCUGUGCAGGCCUCCAUCCGUGUCGGGGAUUGGAAGCUGCUGACCGGAGACCCUGGCUAUGGCGACUGGAUCCCCCCACAGAUGCUAGCCACCUUCCCGGGCAGCUGGUGGAACCUGGAGCGCCACACAGACAUCCAGAAGUCAGUGUGGCUCUUCAACAUCACCGGAGACCCUUACGAACGCUACGACCUCUCGAAUCAGCGGCCUGAUGUGGUCAAGCAGCUGCUGGCUCGCCUGGCUUACUACAACCGCACCGCCAUCCCUGUACGCUAUCCGGCAGAGGACCCUAGGGCCAACCCCGAGCUCCACGGAGGGGCGUGGGUGCCUUCGGGCGACGAGGAAGAGGAUAGCUGGGAUGAGAUCUAUCGCAAGAGGAUGAAAGCCAAGAAGUGUAAAAUUUGCAAGCUACGGUCAUUUUUCAAGAAACUAAACACCAGGAUCAUAUCCAACAGAUUAGAUUAGAUGGACAUUUUUUAACAAGAUUCUCUCCCAUUGAGUGUGUUUUAGUACCAUGUCUUGGCUGCUUUAAACCAAGUUUGUCCAAAGACUGAUCCUGACAAUUGGCAUGUUCUGAGCCGGCUUUUUGUUGUGUAGGACUUUGUAAUAGUCUUAUUUAUACUAGUGUUUACACUGAAGUGAUUGAUUGUCCUGUUUUCUCUGUUUGUUUGCUCAUUUUUAAAGUGUCAUUUUGAUUUAUUAGAUUCUGGAAAACAUAGGGAAUGGCAUAUAUUUAAGUACAAAGUAAGUAGAUUUAAGGGGUGCAAAAACUCAACCAAAUAAAAUCUGUCAGUCUAGGUGAGGUUCAAACAGCAGAACUUGGUGUCUGAGUUUUAACAUAGUAGUUCACGUUGGUUCCUUUGUGAGUCUCUCAGCAUCACAGUCAACAGUUUGUUGGGGGCUAAUCUAUUAAGGAUUCCACUACUGCUGCGGAUGGACUUAAAUGUUAGCGUAACAUAAUUUAUCCGUUUUCACGAAACAUCCAGAUGGAAGCAAUCUCACAAAGCAAAUCUGCAGGAAAUGCAGCCGUCCCAAAAUGCAACAAAAUAGCACAAUAUCCAUCAUUAAAUAUUUUAUACGGCCAGUUGCACAACUUGGUUGAAUGCCUCAUUGUGUCUGGUCUUAAAAUUAUCACCAUGCGCUGGGACUAAUAAAUCAUGCUAUUAUACAUCUUUUAAAUGCAGCAUGCACUUGAACAUGGUUAUUUCUCAUAUUUUUUUCCAUAUAUCCUAUAUAAAUCCCACUUACACUAAAACAGCAAAGUCAGGAAGUCGACAAGCACAGACAAGAUCAACGCAAACCAAUGAUUUUCCACUAGCUAAAGCCCCCCCCCCCCCACUGAUUUUUAUUACCAGAACUGUUCAGUCACUGGUUUUGUGUACAAUGGAUUUCAGAAUAGUGACCUGAAUGCGAGAACCUUAUCCAGUCCAGUCCACUCUGCAUGAAAACCCCAGUUAUGUGGGAGUUCAUCACUGGCUCUUUAGCUCACUGCAUCACUGCAGGUUAUGAAAUCUACUAGAGAGGCACACUAAGCUCAUCUCAUCCGCCUGCAGCUACUUUUCAUAUUAGAGACAAAUGUGUUCAAAGCUGUUAAUUUUUACUCAAGUACUCCAUCAGAAAUUCUUGCGGUUUUAUCUCCUAAUACGAAAAUGCGAUGAUUUACAUUUUGUGAAUCUCUAAGUAAACCUUUGUUGGCCGGUG